CAAUUUGAGCUCUAUGACGUCAUUCACCGCCAUUAUUCUGCCACUGUUCCAGAAUCUCAGGGCAUCGACAAUAAAUUAAAAUUUUCGGGUCUAAUUACCUUUGGAUGGUUACAAGCUAUUACACAAUAUUUCCAUGAUAUUACACUACAUUCCAGUGUGGUUAUUGACGUCUAACUGAGCUAAUUGUGUGCCGUAGCAACGUUUUAAGGUAGCUAAAAUUUGAUCGCAAGUGGCCGAACAGACAAAAAGAUGUCUUCAGCGGAGGAAACACAGUCCACUCCCGCCGAAGCCCCGGCAACGGAAGUACAAGCUCCCGCUGAAAUCGAAGAGAGCAUGGAUACCUCUCCCGUACCCGUACCUGUACCUGCGACUGCCGAAACAACGGAGGAGUCGACUCCUGAUCCUGCGCCUGCACAAACAUCUGAAAAGCCGCCCGCUGUUGAAACAAAAGCACAGCCAGCAGUGACAGAACCUAGCCAAACUAUUCCAAAAACAGACUCUGGAAAAUUCAUUAGGCCAGCUAAACCACUUAUCAAGCCGCCUGUUCCAAAGACGAUUCAGACAGACAGACCAUCAAAACAGUCCAUAGAGCAAAUGGAAGAGGCCAAGCUAAAAGCAAAGUUUGGAGGUCUAUCUAAGCCAGGAGGAUCACAAUUUCUACAAAAGAGGCUGAACAAAAAUCAAAUGAAGUACUUUGACUCUGGCGACUACAACAUGGCAAAGCAGCAAAGCAAGCAUAAGAUGCGUCCGUUGAGCGGUAAGCCGGGCGGAGGAAUCCCUCCUGCUCCCAAGCCUACCGGUGAGGCUAUCCCAACGCCCGACUCUAUCCAUCACAGAAAGCAGUCGUCAGAGAUCAGCAAGUUAGCCGUCUAACAGGGGAAGAUGCAAUCGAAACACACCCCCAAGUUCAUGUAUCACGUUGGGAGCUAUCACCAAUGUAAAAAGAUGUGAGAUAGAGAGAGCAAGUAUAUCACUCUAGGAUUAUUUCAUAAUCAGACGGACAGAAUUGUUUGUAUAUAGAAUUAAAAAUGGAAUAGCUUCAUGUAGAUAUGGCUUAUCAAAGACAUCAGUCCUAAAGCUAAUGAUUUUGUAAACCUGUGCCCUUGUACUGAAGGAUUAAUUUCUAACUUACAUCUUAUAUGUGUUUAAUGACCACCCACCUAACCUAAAGGUACAAAUUCCCUCAUAUACAUAGUACAUCAGCACAUAGUUUCAAGGAAUUUUCUGAUUUUCUCCUCUGAUGGAAUUUAGGCUUUAAAGUAGUUGCUAAUUAUUAAAUUUACUAGUAAAUUAUCAGGUAAAGAGAGCUUUACAUUGCAUUUUGCCUUACAUUAUAUGAAGUGUUGGUAAAAUGGUUGUACUGGUGUCAUUCUGUAAUGUUUCACAAUAUGGUGAAGGAAAAUUCCUUCCGGUUUUUGUAAUACCCUCGGUACAUAUUAUUAACCCAAGUACUUCUAAGGUGCAUUAGUACAUUAGAUUACCAAAGUGCUAGUGUUGUACUCACUCGUAGUUCAGGUUACUGGUUCCAAACAACUGAGCCUGGGCAUGACGUCCACUGCGAAAUCAUUCAAGCAAUGGGCUGGAGCAGGGCAAAUUCAGUGUUUGGGCCGGGCUGGUGUGAUCACUUCACCAUUGUUUGGAACCAGGGACCUUGACAACUUGGCGAGUAUGACGUCACACUAUGGAACUCUUAUUUCACAAGCACCUCGGAGGAGCUGGUGUGAUGAUUAAAUCAAACUCUGUGUGUAAGUCAACAUUAUACUUGAGAUUACAGAAAGACUGGUAAAAAAAAAUUGAUUACUCAAGAAUUCAUAGAAAGAAAGAAAUAAAAGCAUUGAAUAAAACAAUCUUUGUAGAUGAUAACCCGUCCCAACUGCCUUCAAACUCCUACAUAUUUUUAUCACUAGUCGCAACUUCUGACCAUAUACUGCCUUGAUAAUAUGUAAUGCCUGUGUGAAGAAACCAUGGAGAAACUUGAUAACUUACUAGCCUUCAUGAUUUUAUUCCAAGAUUAUUCAUUUUCAGCUGUCCCUCAAAUACUCAUAUGUGAAAAUAUACCUCCUGAGUGCUGAUUACUGCAUUCUUGAACUCCCAUAGGCUUAAUAGUAGCCUACAUGUACAUGUGUGGGAGUACGAGAAUGUAGUAAACAUACAGCUACGACUCUGUUACAGCAUGCAUUUGGAUAAUCACAAACCAGAGGAAUACAAAGUCCUAAAUCUUCACAAUGCAUUAAUAUGUAGUACAUGUAGGUUCUUACGUAGGGAAGGGUUAGAUCUUCUGAGCACAUUUGGGAAAGGGGUCUACAUGCAUGUGUAGAGGGGCGUGUAAAAUACAUGAAGCUUCCGACAGAGCCAUCUAUACACAGAGUUUGGCCAACUCGGUUCAAGUUGGACACAACAUGGUGACUACUGCUUUGUUUGGCAAGUACUAAACAAAAGAAUAUACGCCAUGAUGUGACCCAGUGAAAGCAAGUUGGCCAAUCUCUGUGUAUAGAUGGCUCUGGCUUCCGACACACAUCAAGCCUUGUGUGUCUACCGUACUGUUUAAUUCUGAUAAGUUUUUAUGGCUGUAUAAAGUAGGAAGCCACACUACUAUUGAUUGAUAGCGAGGCUAUAUUCUUGUAAAGCAAUGUCAUAAAUGAUGAUGACAUAUAAAUACGCUGUACAUGGAAGCGCUAUGAAUAUGCACAAUAAAUGACCAUGUUGGCCUUCAAUGGAAAAACAUGUUUGUUACAGGGAAAACAACAUAUUUUUACAAAAUUUACCAAUUUCUUUUGGACAUUGUGUCAAAUUGUGAUUAACUUCAGUUAUUUGCUGUGAAUUCCCUGAACGAAAGGGUUAUAGUUUGGGAGUUAAGGGCAAUUAGUUACCAGUUAUAUAAAAUUACAUCAGUGUAAGUUGUAAGCACAAAACAUACCUAAUCGGAUAUCGCAUGUAUAUAAAAGGCAUUGAUGUUAGCAUUGACUUACGGUGUGAAUCUGUUUCAUCUGCUUCUAGAAUUGGUUGUAUUUUCGUUUUUGCAAAUGAUUAUUUUGAGAGAGAGAGAGAGAGAGAAAUAUAGAAAAAAGGAAUACACAUCCUUUAAUUUUGUUUUCUCCACAGCCCUCUAUGACAGUGAAUGAAAUCUGUAUCUUUAGUUUUGUACAGGCAUCAAAAUAGAAAUGAUUGAGGGUAUACAGAAACAUUUCAAAGGUGACAAGCACUUUGAAAAUAUAAGAAUGUAUAUUUUACUGAAGAAAUGUUGUUUAUUUGUGAUGUCAAAAUUAUUUUUAGAAGAAAAAAAGUAGGUUUGUAUAAAUUUGUUUCUUUCUACUUCCAAGAUUGAAAUAAGAUUUGUACAUUAUCGAAGUAUAUCUACACAUGUAAAUUGUGAUGGUUGUGCGCAUGUUAUAAUAGGAUUAAUUAAUUUAAUUAAAUCUCUUUGGCAAAAAGUUCUAGCCAUGUAUUUGUUGCACUCCAAAGUAAGCUCCAUGAAGAUUAAUGUUCAUUUUGUUCAAGCAAAUGUUAAGCUAAAAGUACAUGUGUAUUAUGCAAGAGUGCAUUUAAUUACGUCACUUCCUCGAUGUCCUGUUGAAGAAUAAGUCAAUUCAUGAAGAAAAAUGCUACCCUGUUUAUAGACUUUGGAUGGAAAGGUCCUAAUGUUUUAUUCUUAGUUUCUUUUGUAUACUUGAUGCAUAACAAUCUUCUGGCUUUUUUUACAGAAAUACCUGAAUUGAAAUUGGGUGACUUCUGAACUAAUACAGAACUUCUCCUGAAUCCUUUCUACUUAUACAAUUUAAAUUGUAUGUACAUGUAUGUGUAAAAAGACUAAAAAAAGGUACAUGUAUUUCCUUUCUUUUACAAUAAUGGAACAACUGCUUCUUUUCUUGUACAUGAUUUUAUAUCAACAGACUGUGUAUCUCUGUCUGCAAACCAUUACUUAUUCAUCCUUUAUGAUAGACCAGUUGCAAGUUACUUGAAUGAAGUUACCAUAUUUAUCUCAAUGUUAUGAACAUGGAAUAUUCCGAAAGUGAUGGGGGUGCUUCAUGAAUAGCUUUAGACUUUUUUUUUUAAUUUGAUGAAGGUUUAUCCUUUAUUAAUACACUAAUGCUUAUUAUUGUAUGAGAAUGUUCACUGUAUGACCUUGUGUCAGUAUGUCAAAUGUUUCAACUGGUUCAGAAAGUCUGGAAGAGAAAUUUAUGUAUCUUCAUUUGAGUUAAAGAACGCAGAGAUAUAUUGUGUAACAUAUUAAAUGUAUAUAAUUACACGUUC